UGUUUUUAACCAUCCUUGCAGUCUCUCCGUCUCUCAACUCCCUCAACACUCCUUCAACCAUGGCGAAAAACAGAAACAAGAAGAAGGAGAAGAACGGUGCCGUUUCAAUGGACGUUACAGAGCCCACUGUUUCAGAUCUUCCUCAAGCGAUGGACACGUCAGAGUCUGGAGCUCAAAAACCAGCUCAUGUUACUUCUGUUAGAAAGACAAAGGGAAGACCAAUGAAGAGAUCAAAGAAUGUUCGGAAGAUGAAAGCAAUUGCUAAAGCUAUAUCUAAAAAUGAGAUAACUGUUGAGAAAGGUUUGAAGAAAGAUGAUAAAACAACAAGAACUCAAUCAGCAAAAAAGCUGUACGAGUGAACACUGAAGGAUGCCAAUUUCUUUAACCUUAGAUGUCUUUCCAUCUCCAUGUUAAUCUUAUUAUUUUCCUUUGCUGUGUUGUUUGUAAUUUAAUUAUUUUUCCUCUCUACGAGUUUCUAGAGUCAGUUAAAUUUAUACAAAUCCGAAUGGUCGAAUACUGAUUAACUUGAUAUCUCAUGAGUAUUUAGACCUCCAA